AUGUCAAAUCCAUUACUCGCCAACUUGAACGCUUUCAAAAACAAGGUCAAAUCUGCUCCUGUGUUGAGUUCUGCUAGAUCAAAAGCUCAAACUCCACCAGCUUCUGCUAAAUCAAACAAUACUAAACCAUCAAGUUCAAGCUCGUCUAAUAGUUUGAAAAGAUCAGCUGGUGAUGAUUAUGAUGAUGACUUUGAUGGGGAACACUCAAUAAAGAAUAAAAAACCUGCAUAUGAUGCUUCAGGUUCUCAUUUAUCCACAAAAUUGUUAUUAGCUGUGGAUUAUAUUAAAGAGAGAUCAAAACCUGUUCAUAUAGAUGCUCUGUUAUCAUAUCUAAGUUUAAACAAUGAUGAACAGAAAUCAAAAUUAUUAUCACUGAUUAAAAAUCUGGAUAAAAUACAAUAUGAUCCAAAUGAAAACACAUUAGAAUAUGUCUCAAUACAUAACAUCAAGAAUAAAGAUGAAUUGUUAAACUAUUUAAGAGAACAACCAACUUUUAAAGGGAUAUCUGUUAAAGAAUUAAAAGAUGGUUGGAAUGAUUGCAUACAAAGUAUAAAUGAAUUAGAAAACGAGGAUAAAAUAUUGGUUCUUAGAACUAAAAAGGAUAAUCAUCCAAGAUUAGUGUGGGCUAAUGUUGGAGGUGAAUUAGGUGGUGUUGAUGAUGAAUUUGUUAAAGCAUGGCAAAAUGUUAAAUUGCCUGAUAGAUCAGAAUUACCAGGGCUGUUGAACAAACGUGGUUUGAAACCUGCAUCUGUUGAUCCUGCAACAGUUAAAAGUGCAACUAAUAAUGAACCUACUAAAAAGAGAAAACAAAGAAAGGGUAAAAUUACAAACACUCAUAUGACUGGUAUCUUGAAAGAUUAUAGUAAUGGUGUUUAA